AUGAAGAUGUUCCAGACCAACAGGCUCGCCGGCGCGGCUCUGGCAGGCACGGUGAUUGCCUCUUUGAUGAGCAUCACGGCCGGCAUCGACAUCAGUGCGAUCGCGGCCAGCGACGUGAUUCAUCGAGACGUGGCCGUCAUUGGCGGCGGCGCCAGCGGCGCGUACGGGGCAGUCCGACUCAGCCAACUGGGCAAGAGCGUUGUAGUGGUGGAGCGCAAACCAGUGUUGGGCGGCCAUACCGAGACGUACACGGAUCCGGUCAGUGGCAACAGCACCGAGAUGGGCGUGGUGGCGUGGUACGACACGCCGACGGUGAAGAACUUCUUUGCGAGCCUGAACGUCGGGCUGAAGACAACGGACGUGCAACGGGCGGGAUUCACCACGCUCACCACCAUCCCUGUGGACUUCCGCACGGGCGAACUGGUGACGAGCAUCUAUGAGGGCAACGUGACCCAAGGCCUGCUCAACUACGCGGCCCAGGUGGCCAAGUACCCGUACCUCGAGGACGGGUUCAACCUGACGUACCCGGUGCCGGCGGACCUGCUACUGCCGUUCGGCGAGUUCGUCAAGAAAUACGACAUCGCCGGUGCCAUCCAGGUCAUCACCGUGUUCGCCAACGGGAUCGGCAGGAUCCUCGACCAGCUGACGCUGUACGUGUUCAAGCUGGUCAGCUUGCAGGCCAUCGUGGCCCUGCAGGAGGGCAAUUACCAGUCGGCGGUCAGCGGGAAGAACCACGAGAUCUACGAGGCCGCCCAGGCCAAGCUGGGCGCCGACGCCCUGGUCAACAGCCAGGUGCUCGCGGUGCAGCGGAACGCCACGGGCUCGGGCGUCGCCGUGCUGGUCAACACGCCAACCGGCGUCAAGCUGAUCAAGGCCAAGAAGCUGCUGCUGGCCAUCCCGCCCAAGCUCGACAACCUGGCCGGCUUCGACCUCGACGCCACCGAGCGCGCGCUGUUCGGCCAGAUCCAAAACGUCGGCUACUACGCUGCCAUCAUCAACGACACCGGCAUCCCGGACGCGGUCGAGCUGCGCAACUUCGGCGUCGACUCGCCCUGGAAUGUCCCCGCCCUGCCUGGCCCCUACUUCAUCCAGGCCGCCAACACCGCCGGCCUCUUCAGCGUCAAGUACAACAGCCCCGUCCAGAUCUCCGACGACCAGGUCAAGACCGAGAUUGUCGCCGCCUUGAACCGCGUCAAAGCCGCCGGCUCCGUCAACACCACCGCCGUCACUACCCCUCACUUUGUCGAAUACCACAGCCACGCCCCGUUUGCCUUCAACGUGCCCGCCGCCGCCAUCCAGGACGGCUUCUACACCCAUCUCUACGCCCUGCAGGGCCGGAAGAACACCUUUUGGACCGGCGCCGCUUUCCACGCUCAGGAUUCGAGCAAGUUGUGGGAGUUUACUGAGAAGUUACUGCCGGCCAUCACCGAAGGCAUCUAA